AUGGCGUCAACGACAAUCAAGUCGCAGGGGAUUCGCAACACCAGCUGGGCGGAAGGAGAGCUGUUUACUUGGCACGGCGCGGAGUUCCUCUUCAUCCCCGCCAUGAUGGUCGUGGGCAUUGUGGGUAAUCUUUUGGUGUUCUAUAUUUACCACUUCCGGUGGACAAGUAACAGUGUCACGUUGUUUAAGAGGAUGUUAGCAGUACUUGAUCUGGCGUCGUUAACGUUAGCCUGCCCGGCUCUGCUCUAUCUGACCGCCCGUUCCCGAUCUUCGGCGUUCGUGGCCACCUGUAUAUUCACCUCUUUCGUGGCCCUGGGCACUGCCAUUGCCUCCAGCUGUGUCCUGGUCAUCAUUGCUGUUGACAGGUUUUUAAAGCUAUGUUUGCUCAGAAAGACCGGGGUAGGACCUCGCCUGAGUAAGCAGUUGUUUGCGGUCAGCGUCAUCUUUGCCUGCGCCAUCAACGUUCCCUGUGUCUGGAUCUUUGGCAUGAGCACAAUAUACUACCAAAACUACCACGUUCAGAUCACCUACUGCUUCAUCAGCAACGAGAGCAAGAACACGCCCAUCUUCCUCGUCUACUCCGCCCUGUUAGUCUUCGUCUUCAUCACUGUAUCCACAGUCCUCGUCGUUCUCUACUAUAAAAUUGUGAAGACUCUACGCGACCUAUCCAACAAACACGACGAGCUCAAACGACGCCCCUCGCUUGCUACGGGAACCGAGGCGUUAAAGAAAGAAAAACAGAGCCAAGUGAUGAGAAACUCCGCCAUGGUUUUCAUUGCUGUUACCGUUGUCUUCUUCGCCAGUUAUGCCCCUUACUUCGUGACCCUGGUCCUGUCAAUGACCGAGACGUCCGUCGAGGGCGCUAUGAGUCCCGCGGGCAAGGCCUUCUAUGAUUUGGCCAAACUGUGUCCUCUUGUAAAUAACAUGGCCAAUCCGUUCAUCUACAGCUUUACCUCGGAUAGAUUUAGGGAUGAAGUCAAGAAGAUGCUGACAUUUAAAACUUGCGAGAAGGGAUUUUUCCGAAGACGUGCUUUGUCUUUGGGCAGCAGAUCACAAGAACUGUCCCAUUUCUCAGACUCCAGGGAAUCUUGA